GUGCAGCGGCCCGGCGGGUGCCGGCGGUGUCCGGCGUCAGCACACCCUGCGCCGCUGCCGCCCGCGGCAGUCCUGUCCCGGGUCCUCGCCACUGCCGCCUCACCCCGGCCCUCUCCGCUGCCGCCUCACCAUGCGGCCUGUGCCCUUCAUCGUGUUGGCAGCGACCGCGGUGACCGCCGCCUCCGCCGCCUGUCCGUCGGCGGACUGGAAGCCGCUCUUCGACAAGUGCUACUGGGCCUCGCCGUCCAACUUCACGCUGCAGUGGUCGGAUGUGCCGGCCGCCUGCGACAUCAUCUACCCCGGAGCCAGGAUGGUGUCCAUCCAUGAGCUGACUGUGCACGCCUUUCUUACCGAGAGAAUGCUCAACUUUGAGUAUGGCUGGAUCGGCCUGAACUGCCACAGUCUAUUCUGGGAGGACGGCUCGCCAGUGGACUUCAGUCUCUGGCUUCAACACGAGCAGUUCACUCAUAACUGCACCGCCAUAACUAACUUCCAGCAAGGAUGGAGCCUGCCCGGAGCAUGGACAUGCGCCAAUGUUCUCUGUGACGCUAAUCUACGGUUCCUCUGCGAGACAGAUCAGCUAUAAUUAGUCUUUCGAUAAAGUUGAUGCAUCCAAUCUGUUUCUCUGCGUUUUUAUUCACAAUCAUCUCAAUUCAACUAAGUGGACAUGUACACUUUUGUUUAACAGAUGUCGGCUUUACCACCGUCGAGUAUUUACAGAGGUUAAUCACAGGGAACAGUGUUUUAUCGCGAAUGGGAGGGUGUUCUCGGAUGCCGUUAAUAAAAGGUGACUGGAGUAACAUCAAAUGAUGUGUUUCGUUUCGUACACUCCUACGAAAUACCAAUUUACCUACAUCACUGCGAAAAUUGCAUUUAGUAGCAAAAAGGUGUCAAACAACUUUGGUUGGUUUCGAGGCAGUUUGCGUUAUAGGACGAUGAUUAACACCCCCCAGGCAGUCUUUCUGCUCUGCACUCAACAUUUUUAGAGCUAGAAGCCUGAUUUUUGGUAUAGCUGCUCCUCUAACCUUUCUUGAUGUCCACUGAAAAUUUCAAGUUUCUGUGGUUUUUGGUUUCGGAGAUAUGACCUUGUUUUUCAGGUCAUGUCACGACCCAAAUGACCAAUUCUCAACAUCUUGCGUUGGCUAUGGGCCUUGUGAGCUUUUGCCACCUUGAUUUCGGCCUUUUUUGCCAGUCUUACCUCCCAAUCAUGGAACAUGUUGUUCGACGAUGUACAGAUGUCAAGGUCAGGGUCAAGGUCAACCUAGGUCAUCUAAAAUAAUUUUUCGUGAAGUUUUUUGACUGCAUUUUGGUAAAAGCUUCUCAGAUCAUGAUUCCAUGUAAUAUGGACACAAAAACACUCGGUGCACACGUCAGUAGGUAUACACACGGACACACACAGACAUACAAACACAUAUAAUGGACCUUGACCUAACUUGACCUGAAAUGACCUCAGCAGCAAAAAUCUGGUUGGGUAGUGUGACAAAGAGGUUCUAGCUGGCUUGGCACCAGAAGACGGCAUCGUCAUCGGUGUAUGAUAAGCAGCGCACUUGAUAUCCAACGGUGACCCAAAACAGCAACAUUUUUUAGUUUGACUUGACCUGGAAGGUCAAUGACUGACCUGCGAAGGUAAAACUGGGUAUCAUUGGAUUCGUCUCUUCCCAAAGAAUCUUUUUGGUCUUUACCGCAAAGCUCUAUCUCCAACAGGAACGAAAUGGCGCGGGGGUGGCAACCCCCCCCCCCCCCCAUGUGCGUUCUAGGAUGGGAAAAUGGCAUAUGCGGGCGAGGGUUAAGCAAGUCAACGACGAUUGACUGAAAGGCUAGCCGUGGUUCGAUUUAGCAGAUAUUUACUAAUGGGUGAGUUCCGUGCACCAUAAAUCCCUAUUUGUUUGGAUGAGCCAUGUCAUUGGAUGUCAGAUAUUAUGGCGGCGCAUACAUGCACAUGCAAUAUGGCUACUUAUAUCCAGGGCAUAUUUGCGAAGCAGAUGUGUCCGUUACCAGAAGCGGGCGUUCUACGGAUAAGCAGAUGAUGAAAAUGUGAGUCGCAAAUUGACCGGCAUAUACAUCAAACGCCGCCCUCAUCGCCAAUGCCUAGUGAUGUUUGUCAAUUGGCGCGUGGGGCGGGAGGGUGUCAGGCCCUGCGCUGUAUAAAGUCGCCGGCGGCGGCCGUCCCAGCCACCAUCCGCGGACCGGCCGGCACCAGCGUCCUGCUCUCCGACCAGCCUCUCUGGUCACCGGACACAGCCGCACAGCCGGUGCCGCACAGCAGCUCGCCGACCUCCGCCAGCAUGUCGCUCUGGACUCUGGUGGCCGCGCUCAGCCUGCUCAGCCUGGCGGAGCUGGGCUCGGCUCAGCAGCCGGUGCUGGGCCGGCCGGCCGAGUCGGCCCGGCUGCCGCUGCCGCCGGCCGCCGCCUCCGCCGCCGCCACCAAGCGCUCGUUCCUGGGCCUGCGGUGCCGCGGCGUGUACGACAAGGGCACGUUCUACGAGCUGGAGACCGUGUGCCGCGACUGUCUGACGCUCUACCAGGAGCCGGAGCUGUACGGCCUGUGUCGCUCGCAGUGCUUCACCACACAGUACUUUGUCGGCUGCCUGGAAGCGCUGCAGCAGGGCAGCGAGGCCGAGCGGCUGGACGCCGCCAUUCGCCGGCUCAGCGGCAGGAAGUAGGUGACGAGAAGAAAGGCGACGCGUCACCGGAUCGGCGAGGACGAAAGAACAGAGAGACAGCCGGAUGGCAGGACAGACGUCAGAGGGAAGGACGGCGGCACCGCCCUCUGCCAUGGAUCGGCGCGGAGCGCGAGGUGCCCAACGGACGGCCGACCCCCGUACGUUUCGCACGCUUUGGCAGACUGAGUCCCGAACGGUGCCGAAGAGGCGAAACGACAUCACAUUCGACACUAGCCGGAGCUGCGUACGGGCUGGACGCCGCAGCUCCAGCCAGUCAGCGCUGAUAAAGGAACCUCCGAGGCUGGAUCCUGUAAUGAUGAAGUGUCGUUUGUCUAGUCAUCGCUAGGGAAAGGUGGGAUACUUGGCUCUGCUCUAGUUGCGACUUUUGUGAAAGUUGGACCUUUAUUAGAUGGUGGAGAAUGCAUCCUGUGAUCAAUAUAUAACAAUGCAUUGCAGAUUCUCUUUACAU